AGAGAGAACGCAACCCAGAACAGGCAGUCAGACACUCGAGACAGGCAGCUCAUGCAUUAGUUGAGGGACGCUCAAGGCAGGGCAUCCACGGAUUCCAAGAUAAGUGUCUCUCCACGCGCGCCUAUACAAUUCACUUCCUUUAGCUUCUUAGAGAUUAGACCAAACCUUGACCAAAUAAAGUGAGUUAAAAGCGAUCCUGAUUCGGUCACCUUUUCAAGAAGAACAAGACCAUUUGGCGACUAUUGACGUGAUUCUGAGGAAGGACCAGGGUUUGGGACUCGUCGCAGACGAGCGACGGGCUGAGGAUCACCAGCCCUCCAGGGGCUCAUAGAACCAGGUGCCGAGGACGUAGAGAGCGGGGAAGGGCUCAGUAAAUCAAGAGAGAACCCCCUCUAUAGUUAAAGUCACACCUAAACGACUCCCCCAGCUCGCAGAGAAUAGGAACCAUCACCAGUUCUACCUCAGUGACUCCCUCUGCUGGCCAAGAAGAGGAACUACCACCAUUUCCACCUCAGUGACUCCCUCUGCUGGCCAAGAAGAGGAACUACCAUCAGUUCUACCUCAGCGACACCCCCUACUGGCCGAGAAGAGGAACUGCCACCAGUUCUACCUAAACGACUCCCACUGCUGGACAAGAAAACUAUCAUAAGUCCCAACUAAGCCCCCCCCCUGCAGGUCAAGAAGCGAACUACUACUGCUUUUCCCCACACCUAGCUCCAGAACACGCGCGCUUCCGGACUGGAUGAUCAUAAUGCCAAUCGUCAUGGCAGCCCGUCCGACAGACGUAGAGGGGAGAGAUAGCUACACACCGUGGGGCCAUCGUCGGGACAUGGUCGGUCUGGCCGCCCGCUUGCCCCGUCUGACGGACGGAGCAGCGGCCUGGAUCAGGGAGUUCGAGAAAGAGUCGUCUGGAGUCGUCCUGGGCUUGGGCGAUGUACGAGCCAUGCUCGACCGUGCGCAAGCUUUUGAACUGGAAAAAUUGACCCGAACCGCCGAACUACCCGACAGAACCUUCUUCAAUCCAUACCGGAACCUCUUCUGGGAGCGCCUCAGAGAACUCUUCCCGGCCGUCACAGUGGGAAUCUCCGGCGUGAGCAUCAAACCCGGAGAAUCCAUCUCUGAAUACAUCGACAGGGCCCGAGGGCUGUGGGCGGAAUGUAACGACUGCUACGCACACAGCUGGCCAGCGGUCGAGAUAUUCAAGAUACAGCUCCUACAAGGACUGCCGGCCGAGGUCCGGAAGGCCCUGGAGACGGUGGUGGCACUGUCCGCCAAACCGUGGGAAGAGUGGAAAGAGCACCUCGUCCACCACUACUGUCUCGAUCUAGAGCGGCGGGUAGCCAUGGACGACGAACUCAAAGAACUGAAGAGGCAACUCAUGAGGUUGCAGAUUAAGAAGCUCGAAGAGAAGUCCCUGCUGCGCGAAAAAGCUGAAGACACCCAGGAGCCGCCGACACUCUUCCCAUCAUUUCUGGCCCUGCCUCCGGCGUACCCGGGCAUCUCGCCGCCCGGGUGGCUGCCCCCGGGAUACCAAGACACCGAUAUCCCCGAGUACAUGAUGGCCGCCCUGCAGCUACAGGACCAGGGCCAGGGCGGCCGGGCGGGAAGAGGCCGGCGAGGGCCACGACCAAAGUGAUCAUAUCACCUAGAGAUAAUAGUCGACAAUACUUAAAAUUAGACUUAAUACGUACGAUAAAAUGUUAUCCAAAUUUCUAUUUCAUGUUAUCCACAGUGAAGGAGUGUGGGGGGGGGGGGGGCUGCCGAGAUAAGGGAGGUGCUUCCCCACUCAGAGUGGUGGACCACACCAGGGGGUACUGAAAGCAUACUUCAGAUAAAACAAUACGGUUAGUAAGGAAAUGGUCUUCACUAUAAUUGAUUAAUUACAUUUGUGUCAACCAAUUUACUGACUUGUGAUCAGAUGUUCACAUUAUGGCUAAUUUGUUUUUCUUUAGAUUUAGUUUUUGUUUUGUUUUUUGUGUGUCACUGUACCGUUAUUAACCAAAAGUAUGACAAUAAUUGUUGGGAUGACUCUUUAUUCUACCCAGUGUUCUGUAGUAACACCUGUAUCUAAGAGAAUCAAUAUUCCUUGCUUACUUGAAUGACGAAUUGUUGAAUAACCACUGACGGUUAUGUUCGUUAUUGCAUAGUAUUGUUUGGUUGCAAUUGUAACAAGUCGAUUCUGUAUCACUGCACUGAUAAUGGAACUGUUGAAUUUCUUUGAGCCAGUUGGGAACAUGUUCCUAACUUUUGGUACAGCCGGGUUGACGACACCUGGAGGAGGCUCACAUGUGAUCGUGCUAGUAACCUCUCCAUGUGAGCCGCGCCCUGGACAAAAAGGGACGAACAUUGGAUUCAUGAAUUACAGGUCCUGAUGACACCAAAGGAGACGGGAGCAACGACUACAACGAUGUCCGAAACCCUCCACAUACAUCCAGCGCACCAAUACAUGAAGACCACACGAGCCAGUCAAAUCCAUGCAAGCUUGCAGGGAAUUUUAAAUCUUAACUUGUAUUCUUAUGUCACCUAUUUUUUGUACUUUCGACUUUCAAUGCAUGCUGAAAGUGUUCAACUUUGUAUUAUUCAUAUCUAGAAGUAUUAGUUGAGAUUUAUAUGGAUGCAUUUAUCCGUCUAUACAAUUCCCCUCCUUUUGCUACAGAGACCAAACCUUUACCAAAUAAAGUGAGUUGAAAGCAA